CGGGGACGCGCGCGCACGGUGUGUGCGCAGCUGCUGCCGCUGCGUGGGGCCGCAGAUGGAGCCUGCCCCCAGCGCCGCAGAACUGAUGCCAUUCUGAAAUGUGAUAUCAACUUCAAAGGAUGAAAAAAUAGUGUGUUUGAAGAUGAAAACCAGAAAAUGCUAAGCUAAGACAUGUAGAAAAAGAUGUUUUGAUUCCACAAAUAAUGAGGGAUCGAGCCAAGGAGCUGUGUUCAGAUAAGGUGCAAGUUUGUGGUUUUUUUUUUCCCCCAGCAUUUACUAAAUGCUGUCAAGAAACUGGUGUUCUGAUGGUGGUGAAGUGUCGGCAGGAGAACACAGCACUGAAGGACUGUCUGGUUGGCUACUAUUCUGAUCCAUCAUUCUAUGAAGAAUGCAAAGCAGAAUAUUUGAAGCAAAGAGAAGAAUACAGAGCAACUGGAAUUAAGAAAAAAAGACAGAAGUAUACUCCGAAUGUGUGAUUAAAAAUGAACUUUUUUUAUAUGCAAUUUGGAUUUCACUUGAUUUAAACAGACUUAAAUUGUCUGUACCACUCUGUGUGGAGUUUAACUGAAAUACACAAAAUGAGAUGAAUGGAGAAUAAAAUAAUGUCUGAAAUUAA